GUUCAAAGGGUUUUUCGCUCUGGAUCCGUACCGGUGUGUUGUUUGUUCAGUUCAUUUCGCGAAUCAGAUCGGUACGGUUGUGCCGUGCAUAACGUUCGCUUUAACGCUACAGCGACUUGCUACUAAAUCUGCGACCAACCGAACGGAGAACACGGAUUUUCUCGCUAAAUGGUGUACUCUAAGUGUAAUCAAAAGUUUCACGAUAUCGCUUGAAGCUCACUAAAUUCUCAUCGAGAAUAAUCGAGUUGUUGGCGAAUAUUAAGUGGUUUCAACGGGAAAAUAUUAAACAUUAUUGAUCAAACAGCAGUGCGUCUCUUUCAACAAGUUUCUACCUUGAAGUCUACGUAGCACAGUUCGACGAAACUCCCAUCGGCAAAACCGUGACAUUGGAUCGGCACUCGAAGCGUGACAUCGUAAAGUGGUGCACAACGGAUCCGCAGCCAAGACAACGGUUACCCACUGACGACCCGCCCAGUGACGAUGACGACUAAGGUGGAUGGGGUGCCGGGUCCGCGGAACAACGGGCACGAGAUGGCCCCGCUCAACACACGUGCACGGGGCGAUGGGACGCACGGUGUCACGAUCAUGCUGUCACCGCCGGACCGUAGCUCGAUCGGAUCGCGCGACGGUGCCGGAGCCCUGCCCGAUGGUGACCCGGACCGGGCGGCCUGGUCCGGCAAGAUGCAGUUUUUCCUCAGUAUUAUCGGCUACUCGGUUGGGCUUGGCAACAUCUGGCGGUUUCCGUAUCUCUGCCAGCAGAACGGAGGAGGUGCUUUUCUUAUACCCUUUAUGAUUAUGCUGAUUCUUGAGGGUAUUCCUCUAUUUCUGAUCGAACUCGGCAUGGGACAGCGGAUGCGACUCGGUGCACUUGGCGUGUGGAACACAAUCCAUCCGUGGCUCGGUGGUAUCGGCAUCAGCUCCUGCAUCGUUACGUUGUUUGUGGCGAUUUAUUAUAAUGUCAUCAUUACCUGGUGCUUCUACUACUUUUUCAACAGCUUUCGGUAUCCUUUACCGUGGGCAGUCUGUCCACAACUGAACGGAACCGACGUCGAAGAGUGUGAACGGUCGUCAGAGACGGCUUACUUCUGGUAUCGUACUACACUGGAUGCGGCACCGAGUAUAGACGAAACCGGUGGCUUCAAAUGGUGGAUCGUGCUCUGCCUGAUGCUAUCCUGGACCGUGGUGUUCUUCAUCGUGAUGAAGGGUAUCCAGAGCUCGGGCAAAGUAGUGUACUUUACCUCUCUCUUUCCCUACAUCGUCCUGACGAUCUUCUUCAUUCGCGGUAUCACCCUCAAAGGGGCCGGAGCCGGGUUAAUGCACAUGUACACGCCCAAGGUGGAGAAGCUGCUCGAGCCGACGGUGUGGCUUGAUGCGGCCACACAAGUCUUUUACUCGUUCGGGCUUGCGUUCGGAUCGCUGAUUGCGUUCGGUAGCUACAACACGCCGAAAAACAACUGCGUGCGUGAUGUGCUGCUGGUGUCCGUUUGUAAUGCGAUCACCGCCAUCUACGCCAGUGUCGUAAUCUUUGCCAUUCUAGGCUAUAAGGCUACGCUUGGUGUCGAUAGAUGCAUUCAAGUAAAUAAGCAUAUUUUAGUGAAACACAAUCUACUUCCUUCGAUGGACGUUGAUAACAGUGAGUACGAACACGCAAUGGCCAGUUUGAAUGAUACGAUGACGAAGGAGUGGGAGUUUGAAAAAUGUAGCCUGGAGGAUCAGUUGUCCAGUGCUGCCGAAGGAACCGGGCUCGCGUUCAUCGUAUUCACGGAAGCUAUCGUCGAACUACCCGGAUCUCCUUUCUGGGCUGUGCUGUUUUUCACCAUGUUACUCUCUCUAGGCUUAGGAUCUCAGAUCGGCAUUUUGGAAGGAAUGCUUUGUACCAUAUUUGAUAUUGACAUUUUCAAAAGGAUUCGGAAACCCUACGUUACUGGUGUUGUCUGCGCGUUCUGUUUCUCGGUGGGUCUCAUUUUCACCACCGGCGCCGGCGAAUAUUGGCUUAAAAUGUUCGACUCUUUUGCCGGUACGAUCGGGUUGGUCGUGGUUGCGCUGAUGGAAAUGAUUGCCGUCAUAUACAUCUACGGACACGAAAAAUUCACAGAAGAUAUUUACCAAAUGACGGGCAUUCGGCCGGGUCUCUACUGGCAAAUGACCUGGCGGUAUAUUGGUCCAGCCAUCAUGGGUUGCAUUCUGCUGUCCUCUAUACUCUCGAUGUUACUACGAAAUCCAACGUACGGCGCAUGGAAUGGGGAAUUGGGAAUUGUCGAAAACAAAUCAUAUCCUAAUUGGGUGAUGGGCAUCGCACUGGCGAUGAUUAUUGCCGGUGUGUUGCCUAUGCCAGUGGUCUUCCUGCUACGACGUUUCCAGAUACUGAAGGUUGAUCUUGACAUACACCAGGGAUCGAUUCGAAGAAACGAAACGACAGCCUCUACGAAGGAAAUGAUUGAUGAAGACGACGACGAAGAUGAUGAUGAUGACGAUUUUAGUGGACCGGCACUAGGCGGACCGGUCAAUGUUCGGAGCGAUUCGGACGACGAAGACGAACCACCGACGAUGGGUAAAAUGUUGGCGAAAAAGGCCGGUAGCACGAUGUCGUCGCCGCACAGUAAACCGCAACAGCUGCAGUUCAAAAACCAGCAUCAUCUUACACCCGACGUACUGAGCCCCGGUUCCCGGAAGAAACCGUUCCGUAUGGAGGUGGUCGAUUUCUAAUCGUUCGGCAAAAUAUGAUGGCCACCCGGCCAACAAUAUACGCUCAACAACGACCUGAUUGGUGGUGUGGUAGUAUGGAAGCUUUUAUCAAUCUUUGUUUUUAGUAUACUCCGGUUACCCAAUCCUGUUCCUUCGCGAGUGGAGUGUGAUUAUGCGCACGUGGGCUUGUGUGUGUGUGGCAUCGACUUAGUCCUUCGUUAGUCUCCCUCACACGGAGCACCAUUCAAUAGUGAUGAUGUAUGACAGAUGACAGCACAGCUGCAACGUGGAAUGGAUAACAUUGUUACUUGUAAAUAUCAUGUAUAAUAAGCAGAAGAUGCUGAAAAUCAAGCUAUUUGUAAUAGGUUAAUUAGGAUCCAGGACAUCUAAGGUCAAACUUAAUCGAACGCCUGCGUUACUAUGGGGGAAAACCCUUGGAACCGGUUUUAAAACCUUCUUCCUCUCGAACACACAUGGUACAAUGUGUGUGUGGUGAGCUUUAUUUGACUGGAAGGGGAUGCACGAAAUUUGAAUUUUGUUGGGAGAAAGAAGCUGUCCCAAUUUGCCACUAAAAAUGGAGUGCCAUGUAAUGGGAAAUGCAGUAUUCUUUGGAUUUUGCUAGUUACCUUGUGUGUAUUUUCCUGUUGUACAAAUUGUACUGUUUUCCUCGAAAAUGACUAAACACACACGCACCACGGUAGGUGGCGUUUUUUUCCCUGUAGACAGCAAAAAGAAGAAAAGAAGAAGAAAGAAUUUAAAAAUAAAACCAAAAAAAGACGACAAAAAGAAAUAAAAGAGAGUGAAAGAAAACCUUAUUGAAAGGAAUUUAAAAAUUGGAAAAAACAUGAAAAAGUAUAACACAUUUUGGAAGAAAAUGCAGCCAAUUUCAUUAAACCGAAGCCAGCGUUACAUCGUAAACCGUCUGUACGUUACGUUUCUUAGUUUCAAUACCUCGCUCCGGUGGCAAAAGUUUUGCACCACAACACCGUCGUGCGCUCGUACAAUAAUCGUAGCAUUAGGUGCAAAGUUAAAAAUUGUUUCACUGCAACCAAAAAAAAACGACCCCAAAAAUAUUUAUAUCUGUGCUUUAGUUUAGACAGUUGCGCGGUUACUAUAGUUUGCCAUAAUACAGUUACAAACCAAAAAGAGCAACCACUCUCGAGCGAACACCAUUAUAGCGCAGUGCUCAGCAGACUAGACUAAUGUUAAGUGAAACAAAUAAUUACUACUUAAGUGCAUGUGAAGUGUGUAAGAUAUUACGAUACGUUCUCAACCAAAGUGUGCAGUGGUGGAAAGCUCUUGUAAGACAUUUUGACAAACCAUGAAAAGGGUUGCAAAAGGAUUGACAAAAAAAAAGAAAUGAAACAAAUUACUUUUAUUUUUUGUAAUAAAAAAAAUGCGUUUCAUUAAGAAUAGUAGCAAAACAAAUCAAGAAUUCCUUUUUUUUGUUUCUUCAAGGACAAAGUUAAGUCUGUCUUUAGUUUUGUUUAAUAGUAUUUUUUUCGAGAUGAAUAAAAUCGUUCGUGAUAGACAUUGGUACAUGAUGUUUCUACCAAAACAACAACUUACAAACUUUAGGGUUUUCUGCAAUCUAAUGCAACGUUUUGGUUUCAAUGAAGCCUGCCCUCCCCAGUUUGCUCAGCAGCGCGUAAAAAAGUGAUAAAACAGAAUCAACUUUAAGUUUAACCGAUGACACAUGAAGCAUGAUGUGAAAUUCUUCGACUGCCUGACUUUAGACCACGACUAGCAAAAACCAAAACUCAAUAAGAAUUAACCAGAUUAACGGUACACACUCUUACAAUUUCACCACCACAGUUUCAUUUAUCGUUCAAUACAUUUAGUACAUACUUGAAUUAUGUUACUCAUUUUCGUUUUCCACGACUCCCCAUAGGCUAGAGAAACCAUCAAAUUAAAACAAAAGAACUAAACAGACCCUCAACUUAAACAAAAAACAGUUUAAAAAAAAGGUGAACACGUGGCAGACGAAUCUGGAUAACUGAAAGAAAUAUACAAUAAACAAUGUGAUCAAUCGAGUAAAUUAAAAGAAAGUGAAACACGAAGUAAAACAGUAAAAAAAACACAACUACGAAGUAAGAUAAUCUUUUUAAGGGUUAGUUGUUAAUAGUCUCGUAGCAAGAGCUGGAAGGUAUAACACUAUAUCGAGCUGGAGGCAAAUGCCAAAGCAAGGAACGUACUUAAACUUACUGGGCUUGAUUGUGUAAUUGCAAAACAACAACAAAAACUGGCAACAGAACGAAAAUAAAAUGGCGUUUACUUGAGUGAUUAGAAUACACGUUUGUUUGCUACACGGCAGUGGGAGAAACAAAUGCCGUAAGCUGUUAUACAAGCUGUUAUACUUAAGAGGAAGGUGAGUUGUGUUGAGUGUAGGUAAAAUUUUGCUCCAACCGUAAGCAUUUCUUUCUUUUAAAUUACAUGUUUAAAUGUCAAUCCAACGUAUAUCAUUUUUUCACAUUUUUCAAUAAUUAAAGUCAUGUUCCUUCCAUCUUAGAAACAUACACUAAUCUUUUUAUUUGUUUUUUUUUGCUUUUAGUUUUGAAAUUACUAUUAUACGAAAUACUCACCCUUCAAAGAAAUAAAUAUCCUUUCAUAAUUAACUUACGUUAUCAAACAGUAUACCAGUAAGCAAUUGUUUAACCGUGCAAAAUCAGUACUAAAACGAAGCUUACCAAAAAAAAACUAAAGUAUCCCAAAAUCACGUACGAUGACCGUGGAAAAAAGUCAAUUGUUAUGUAUUUGUCUUUCACUCGACUCGAUCAUCAUCACAUCACGCGAAAAGAUUUUGGUGGAAAAUUUUUGUUUUCGUUUUAAAUUCCAAACCGUACGGAAAAAUUGAAUGAAAUAGUUUGUUAUUGAAAAACACAACAAAAAUUACAAACAUAAGUUUUUGUUAAUUUAAAAAAAUAAUUGAAUAUUUUUUCCAAAAGUGAUAACCAAAACAUAAAACUAAUAGAACCUUGCAAAGAUAAUUUAAUUUAAAUUGUUACAUUUCACUAAAAAAAAUACACACAUACAUCUCGUUGAGCGUUUCGCUUGAGUAGAACACACUGUUACUUCAAAAAAAACAUUAUCCACUAGUGCAGCUGCUACUUUUGAUAGAAACUUAUGAGAAUGAGCAAACCAACUCUUAACCACGAAUAAGAAGAAAAAACACAACUUCGGUAAUACUUCACACAACCAUAGUGACCGAGUUGAACAAACACACACACGCAUACAGUUAAAAAGGUGGAUAUCAAAAACGUGCAAAAAGAUUCCAAACAUGAGUAAAGACACCCCGAAAGGCAGAAACAGCCGUAUAGAAAACAGAUUACCAAAUAAAAAUUAGUUUGUUAAGAUACAAAA